UGCAUUCAGCUGCAGCCUUCUCCUCUGCACCACUUCUUCACUCCUAGCAGGCAGGGAAGGCUCCCCUCACCUUCUCUACGGGGCAGGACAGGGCUGGACAUAGCAGAGAUGCUGCUUUCAAAAUUGUCAUCCUGAAGGAAGAGAAAGGGGCCCAGGCUGUCUCUGGUCACGCUGCAUGAAGAAAACAAGGAAGAGGAACUUUAUCUCAGCUUUUCUGCAAAGAUACAGCACCAAAAUGCAGCCUGUGCCCCUGCACAGCCUUUCAGAGUUGGAAAGAGCCAGUUUGCAAGAGCUUGCCCUCUACCAGCUUCAGGAAAAGCUGCUUGUUGGAGAUGUCAGCCUGACUAAAGUUGGCCUUAAAGGUAGUAAAUCCAUCCGCCAGAAACUGGAGAGCUUUUCCAAGGAGAAGAAAGACUGCUCUCCUCAGACUUUUGGGAUCCCACUCUUCCAAGUCAUCAACAAUGAUCGCACAUACAAGCAACUGCAGGAAGCGGUGAAGAGCAGUCGCCGGCUCUGCUUGGAAGUGGAAGCAACAGUGAUAAGAUUUCGGGCUCAGAUCCAGAAGAAGUCCUCAAGUGGCAGAAGCUGCGGGCUGGUACCCUGCAGGGUGUUCCCUGAGGAGCCGCUUUCCCCCACUUUUCUUGACAACAGCUCCUGGAGCCAGCGAAGGGGGGCAAUGUCCGUGGACUCCAUCACCGAUCUGAGUGACAACACUUCCAGGCUGCUGGAGGCACUGCAGUUAUCACAUCCCCAUGAGCUGCAUCUGCGGAGAAGCCGGGGCAAGAAAAAGAUGUUGAGCCUCAACCCUAUCGCUUGGCAGGUCCCAAGGAUUGUGGACAGAUGUUGCAAACACAUUGAAAUGCACGGUCUCCAGACAGUGGGCAUCUUCCGGGUUGGGAGCUCCAAGCAAAGCGUUGAGCAGCUGAGGGAAGAGUUUAACCAAGGACUGGAUGUUUUCUUGGAUGAGCAUCAAAGCGUUCAUGAUGUGGCCGCUCUGCUCAAAGAGUUUCUUCGUGACAUGCCGGAUUCACUGAUUCCCAGAGAGCUCUACGAAGCCUUUCUCAGCACAGUAUCCAUGGAGGGCCCAGUGCAGCUUGCCACACUCCAGUUGCUGCUCUUCCUGCUGCCACCCUGCCACAGCGACACACUGUACCGGCUUCUACAGUUCCUCAAUGAGGUGGCCCAGCACGCCGAGAGCUCCCAGGGCCCUGAUGGCCAAGAGAUUCCUGGGAAUAAAAUGACAGUCUCAAACUUGGCCACAAUCUUUGGCCCCAACAUUCUACAGAAAGAGAAGCCUGGAGAGAAGGACUCUAGUGCCAUGGACAUUGAAGACAGCACUGCUGUCAUACGGGUGCUCCAGAGGUUGAUUGAGCACUACCAGGCCUUGUUUAUGGUCUCUCCAGAAAUGCAACAUGACAUCUUAAGGAGACUAUUUCAGACAGACCCUGAUGUCAUAGAUUACCUCUUGCGCAGGAAGUUCAAUACCGUGCUGAGCAUAGAGAGUGAGCCUUUGACAGAGGAGAGUCCACCAUCCCCACUACCCAGUCAGUCCUGCACCCUGGAAAGAAACCAGGUCUCGUCAGAGUUAUACAGCAGUGUCUCAUUCCUAAACCUGGAUGUUGGCAUGUAGCAAGCCUGAGACAGCUCCUGGUACUGCUUUCCAUGGACAGAACUGGGCAAGCUUUCCACCACAAAAAUAAGUCCUCUAUCCCGCUUCAGAGGAGUAGAGAAGUGCAGGGAAUAUGAAUCUCUGUGGGAAAUUCUUUGUUAACAGUAAACGUACCAAAUUGUUCUGGUGGGCAAUGUAUUUGCAGGUUUGCAACAGCAGGUUUGGUUUUUUAAAGCAUGGGUUUGUUGCUAGAUGGCAAUGGCGAACUGCAUGCUUGUGUGGUGAAAGCAGUGGCUGUGCAUGCAGGUAGUGGUAUACGUAGGUGAGCGUGCCCUGCAAGUGAGCCAAAAAGCCUCUGGUGUGUGCUGUGGCCCAUUUGCAAGUUUGAAAUGGUGCAGUGCCUUCAGCACAGCAGAGCCUCUGUGAUCUACUGUUUGCCUCAUAGGUGUUUGAGACUUCUGUCCCCAGAGCUGGACCACUUGACUUUCUCCUGCCCUAUGCAAUUGAAAACUCACACAUCCAGGCCACUUGAGGAGGGCACUCAGCUGAUAUAUAGGUAAUUGUGUGAGAAAAAUACAUUUGUGUAUGAGCUCACAUCUUAGGGUUAGCAACACACAGGAUGGCAGACUGCCAGGUGGUUUUGUGGCAUCUCUGUUUGGGGAGCACAGCCUCUCGCCCUCCGAAUGACUGCCAGGUGAAUGCCACAGGGCAGCAAACUGGAGCAGAUGGAGGAGCAGCAGCGGAGAUCUCUGAAGUGGAAGGCCACAUGUAAGCUUCAUGUCAUGGGAGCUCAGCAGAUGGGACAGAGUCCAAAAUAGCCCUCACCUAUUGCACAUCAGGAGUUUGCUGGGGUAAGUGCACCUGGGCUCUGGUGGAGUUCUGCCCACCUGUCUGCAGCUUGCAGGGCUACUAUAAAUGGGGUGCUGAGGAUAGAAAAUGCAGUUCAGCAUUAUACAGUCUGUGCUUUGGGAUUCUAUUUACUGUUUGUUGUUGUAACAUGGGUAUAUGCAGAGAGGACUCCAUUUUGGAGCUAAAGAAGUACCCAUGCAGACCAAGCAAAGUGCUAUUACUACAAAGAGGCCAUGGUCCCACCAUGUUCAAAAUGAAUCGCAGCUUUUUUUUAAUUUGAAGAUAGGUUUUAAUGGCUCAUUUUAUAGACAGAAAACCCUGUAAUGUCCCCAAAAUGGGGACAUGGUGUAAUAAGUGGGAACGCUGUAUUCUUCAGAUUAUGAACUUUUUUCCUUGAGUUAAUGCUCAGUAAGUAAAACCUCUAGGAUAUUUUAAAGUUUCUGGUGUUUUUUAAUGGUCUUUCACUAAGAACCUAAGAGGCCCCAUCCUCUUGACAUCCUCCCUUCAGACACU